UGUGUUGCCCUGCAGGGGCGCUAAAGAGCAGUGUUCAGUGGUGUCCCUCUCUCUCUCUGUCUCACUGUCUGCUGCUCGUGCUUCUCAUCUGCUACAGUGGUUGAGGAGGAUUUAUGCAAGUCUAUGCUCUUCUUUUUUUUGGUUUACUGCUUGAAAAAUGUCUGUUUACCGAAAUACUAUCUGGUUUCUGAACGGAAUCCACCAAUACACAAGGAAAGGAUAUGAAGCAGCAUCCAAAGACUUCAAGCCUCAGGAUCUGGAUGUGUCUGUCGUGGGAAGGUCUUUCAUGGUCACUGGAGCCAACAGUGGAAUUGGCAAGGCAGCUGCCAUGGCAAUAGCCAAGAAAGGUGGGACAGUUCACAUGGUGUGUAGGAACAAAGAUAAAGCAGAACAGGCCCGAGCAGACAUUGUCAGUGAGUCUGGGAAUACGGAGGUGUACGUCCAUAUUUUGGACAUGUCAGAGACUCGGAAAGUCUGGGAGUUUGCUGAAACCUUUCAGAAUCAGUAUCCAUCACUGAAUGUGUUGAUAAAUAACGCAGGGUGUAUGGCGAACAAGAGAGAGGUAAACGCUGAGGGACUGGAGAAAAACUUUGCCACCAACACUAUGGGGGUGUACAUCCUUACCCAGACACUCAUACCACUUUUACAGAAGAGCCGGGAUCCAAGAGUGAUCACUGUGUCCUCAGGAGGCAUGCUGGUCCAGAGACUCAGCGCUGAUGACUUACAGUCAGAGAGAGACAACUUUGAUGGUGUCAUGGUCUACGCCCAGAACAAGAGACAGCAGGUGGUGCUGACGCAACAGUGGGCCAAAGCCAACCCUGUCAUUCACUUCUCUGUGAUGCAUCCAGGCUGGGUGGACACACCAGCUGUUUCCACAUCAAUGCCUCAGUUCCACCACAUGAUGGGGGAGAGACUGCGCAGUGCAGAGCAAGGAGCCGACACCGUCGCAUGGUUGGCGUUAUCUAGAGCUGCUGCCAGAACACAAAGUGGGCGGUUCUUUCAAGAUCGCAAGUCUGUUCCUGCUCACCUGCCUCUGGCCUGGACUCAUAGUUCUGCCCAGGAGAUUGAGAGUUUCAUGACUCAGCUUGAGACUCUGGCCAGAGCUGCUCAGCCACCACGCGAUCCAGAGAUGAUGGGUUCUCUGAGCCCUUCUACCACUCCAUCUGACUGAAUUGAGAUGUCCGUUUUUUUUACCACAUGCCAUCAAUGUAUUACAAACAAUAAGAUCAAACUCUAGACAAUGAGAAAACUUUUGCCACAUUUAGUUUUAUGUACCUUCUACUUCUACUCAUUCAUUUCAGAGGCAGGUCUGAGGACAGGUCUUAGUUCCGUGUCACAUGAUCUGGACAUGCAUCACUGAUCCGUAUUUGCACACCAAAUGUCAAUCUGUUGAUUGAAGUGACUGAGUUUAUCAAUAACAGUUACUGCUUGUACGUAACAAUGUAUCUGUUGGGUUUAAUUCUGACCUUUGGCUCACAUGUGAAACGAUCCAGUGUCUAUGGACCCCAAACUGCACAAUCCCCUACGAGGCACCUGUGAAGAUGUUCGAUGUUUGCAUAAAAUAAUCACAAUAAAACAUAAAAAAAAGCAGAUUCUAAUAGGAGCAAUGUGAA